AUGGCUCUCGACGUUCCUUCUGCUGAGACAAAUGGAUCUCACAACUCGGCCUGCGAGGACAAUCGGGGUCCUCAAAGCUGCCCAGGCUUGAACCACGGCCUGCUAGAUAAGCUGGCGCAGUUCAACCGUGAAAAGAUUCCGGAGAGAGCAGUCACACAUGAUAUAUCGGACAUUUGCGACAUCGACAUGCUGCUCGGCGUCGGCAAGAAGACGCCCUGUGUCGUGCGCUUCUCGACGACGGCUCUGGAGCGAGGCUCCGCCGAGGCAGUGAGAGACGUCAAGGGGCUGGCCGUCAAGUUAUUCACCCGCGAGGGAAACUGGGACUGGGUCUGCCUGAACAUUCCCAUGUUCUUCAUCCGCGACCCGGCCAAGUUUCCGGACCUCAUCCGCGCCCAACGGCCGGACCCCCAGACGAACCUCGCCAACCCCAGCAGGUGGUGGGAGUUCGUGUGCGACAACGACGAGACGCUGCACAUGGUCAUGUUCCAGUUCAGCGACUUCGGAACCAUGUUUGACUACCGCAGCAUGAGCGGCUACGUAGGGCACGCGUACAAAUGGGUCAAGCCCGACGGCUCGUGGAAGUACGUCCACUGGUUCCUGUCGUCCGACCAAGGUCCCAACUUCGAGCAGGGCAGCCAGGCCAGGGCCGUAGAGCCCGACGACCAGGAGAGCGCCACGAGGGAUCUGCACGAGAGCCUGGGGCGCGGUGAAUGCCCCAGCUGGACGGCCAGCGUGCAGGUCAUCGACCCCGAGGACGCCCGCGGGCUGUCGUUCAACAUCCUCGACGUGACGAAGCACUGGAACCUGGGCAACUACCCGCCCGACAUCCCCGUCAUCCCGUCCAGGCCGUUCGGCAAGUUGACACUGAGGAAGGGCCCGAGGGACUACUUCCGGGAGAUUGAGCAGCUGGCCUUCUCGCCGUCCCAUCUCGUCCCGGGCGUGGAGCCGUCGGAGGAUCCGAUGCUGCAGGCCCGGCUCUUUGCCUAUCCGGAUGCGCAGAGAUACCGGCUGGGUCCGCAGAAUCUAGAAAUGCCCGCCAACAAGGCGAGACGUGCUGCCGACGAUGUCGAUGCCCCUACUGCUGCUUCCAGAGACGCCGUUCGUCCUGAGCAAAAGAGUCAGCAGCACUCGGCGUGGGUUGCUGAAACGACCUCGAGCGACUGGUCCAAGCCAAACGAGCUCGACUACAAGUUCCCAAGGGAGUUCUGGAAGGCCCUGCCUGUCUUGCGGAGCGACGAGUUUCAGAACAAUCUGGUUGUGAAUAUUUCCGAGUCCGUGUCGCGCACUCCCAGAGACCUGCGGCUCAAGGUGUAUCGUACCCUGGGCUUGAUCGCAUCCGACAUGGCGGAAAGGGUUGAGAAGAUGACGGAGGAGCUGGUCGUGGAAGCUGAGAAGAAGGCGAGGUUGUAG